AAUAAAAAUAAAUACAAUUUGAAUGUGGAAUUGGGAAAUAAUUCUAAACUUGUGAAUUUCAUCAUUGGGCCAUUGCAUUGCGGCGUGCAUGGGAACAUACAGUUGACGUUGUCAAGCAAACAACAAGUUCAUCGGAAAAAAAUUAAAAAUGGCGGAUAUACGAAAACCAUUGCGAGAAUUGGGUUGUGGAAAUAUAUCAUCGGAUUGGAAGAACUGGAAGCGUGAUUUCCAAGUCUACAUGAUGGCAAAUGACAAGGACAGCGUAGCUGAACAAAAAAAAUAUCAAUUUUUCUGUUUUUGAUUGGGACCAAAGGUGCUAACAUCUUCAACACUUUGUUUCCAAAUGAUGGGUCUCAAAAUGCAUUGUUGGGUACAAUCACGACAAAAAGACAUGUACCAGGAGCAGGCAAUGUAGCAGCGCAUGACGUGGAGGAAACAAACCAACGCACAUUGUGUGAAGUGAUGAAAGCAUUCUAUGAACAUUGUCUGCUGCAAAAGAAUUUGACAAUGGAAUCCUACAGAUUUAACAACAUGGUGCAAAAAGAACAUCAACCGUUUAGUGAAUUCCUAACCGAACUGCGAACUCAAGUCGAUCGUUGUGAAUUCAAUUGCACUUGCAAAUUAUCGUACGAAGAUCGAAUGUUACGUGAUCGCAUCAUAACGGGGGUUUUUGACAAGAAACUUCAGCUAAAAUUGCUCGAUGGACGGGAUGAAAAAUUGGAUCACGUAAUUGAUGUGUGCAAGACAUUUGAAGCAGCGAAAGUGAACAAGGGUAUUUUAACGUCAAAGCAGUCGAUUUCAGCUGUGGUAGAUGGUAAGACUGACUCAGUCAACGCAGUCAAUUAUAAUCGGCGAUUUUGUUUCAAUUGUGGUGGUGAUUGGAAGCCGGAUCACAAAAGUAAAUGUCCAGCCAAGGAUUCCACAUGCCAAUGCGGGAAAAAGGGUCAUUUUCGCAAGAUGUGUCGUAAAAAGGGAACCAGAUCGGAGGCAAGUACAUCGGAAUCCAAAUCAAAAGAAAAACAACGGGUUGACAACGUUAGUUGGGCUGAUUUAUCAGAAUAAAUUCAUUCGGACGAAAUAAAAAAAAUUGGACUAAGAUAUACCAAAUAGGAAGUAGACUAGUCAAAUUUAAGAUUGAUACGGGAGCGGAUGCCAAAGGAAAUGAAAAUCAAAAUGAAUAGUGAACAAAAUGA